AUGGAGACGGUUAAUUUAUUCUUUUUUAUUUAUUUUACAGCGGUAUUAGCAUUUAAUGCAAUCGCAUCAAACACAAAUGGACGUGUUUUAUCAAGUCGAAGUGAUCCAUCUAUUCGUGAUCGUUUACCUAAAAUUGAAAUGAAUGCAACAAGUCAUUCAAUUGUAAUGACACUUCAUCCAGCAACAAUUAAUGAUGACACAAUAAAACGUUUUCGUUUACAAUAUGGAAUUAAUUAUCCUUAUCAACAUACAAUUUAUAUAAAUAAAAAUCAAACUUCAGUAUUUAUUGAUAAACUUGAACCAAAUCAAAAAUAUAUUUUUUCAUUAAUUGCACUUAAUGAAAAUAAUGAUACAGUUGUUCCGGAACAAUUCUAUGAUUUUCAAAUGCCAUCAGAAGAUGAUGAUCGUCAACCACCAAAAACGCCACUUGAAUUAAAUUUAAUUCCACAUUCAAAAACAUCUGUUCUUCUUCAAUGGACUGAUGUUGAUUUUCCAAAAACAAUUCGUUUACCAUCAUCACGUCGUUAUAAAAUUCAAAUUAAUGAAUUAAAUUCUAAUCAACAAAUAAUUAAACAACAAGAAAUAUUAACAAAUAGUGAACAAUCAUAUUUAAUUGACAAUUUAAAACCAUUAACUAAUUAUGAAUUUGCUGUUCGAACAAUUGAUGGUGAUCUUGAAAGUGAUUAUUCAAUGGCAAUUGAAUAUUCAAACGUUAUUUAUCCAAUAAAACAAUUAAAUAUAAUAACAAAUAAUGAUCCAUCAAAAGUAACAUUAACAUGGCAAUUACCUGAUGAUAUAAAUGGUAUUAAAUCAUUUCAUAUUUAUUAUAAUGAACAGGAUGACAAAGGACAAGAACAAAAAAUAAGUGUACCAGUUGAAAUAACACAACUAACUAUUUCAAAUUUAAAAUCAAGUACAAAAUAUUUAUUUAAAAUUGUUUCUGUUAAUCAAUUUAAUGAUGAAUCAACACCAGAAAUAAGAUUACAUAAAACGCCUUAUGUUAUUGAUACAGAUAAUAUAGAAUCAAAUAAAAAUACAAAUCAAAAUUUAUUUGGAUGGCCAUCAAUGGGUUUAUCAAAUAAUUCGUGGCUUCUUAUUUUAAUUGCAUUUAGUAUUGUAUUUUUAUGUUUAUUCUUUUCUGGUAUUAUAAUUUGUUCAAAAUCACAUUGUUGUUGUUGUUGGUCAGUUAAUAAAAAACAUAUUCAUGAUUCUCCAAUACAUAAUCAUGAACGACAAUAUUCCCCAACAAGUAAUACAGCAUCAUCAUCAUUAAUAAAACCAACUGAUUUAUGGGCUGGUGCUGAUUGUUUAUCACCACCAACAGCAACUAUUCGAAAUUCCAAUACAUCUGAAAGACAUUAUGAAACAUCAUCAACAGCUGGUAGUGGAACAUUACAACGAUGUAAUCAUCAUCAUCAUCAUCUUUAUCAUCAUACACAAGAAACACAACCAUUAACAAAUAAUAUUGAAUUAAAUAAUGAUCAACAACGACAUUCAUAUGUACCAUCAAAUGAUGGUUCAAGUUCACUUGAUGGAAAUACAAGUGGUUUUACAAUGAAUGGAAAAUUUAAUACAAGUAUACGUACAAGACCUAUUGCUGUUGGUACAUCAUUUGACCAACAAACACAAAAGAAAUCUAUGAAAAAUUUACCCAUGGGUACUGCAUUUAUUAUGAAUCAUUCAAAUAUAGUUCAACAACAACAUGUAACUGUUCGACCUAUUCAACAGAAAGCUCAAUAUGUUGUUCGACCUAAUGAACAAUCACAUAUGAUUGGAUCAGGUCCAUCAUCACCUGAUUAUCAACAUUCGCCAUCGAAUAGCCAUUGUAGUUCAAUUCAUAAUCCAACAUCAAUUCAAUCAAUUCCUAUAACAGGAACUGGUCUUUAUGAUAAAAUAUCUACUUCAAAUAAUAAUAGUAGUGAAAGUUCAGAUAAUCAACGUGCACUUCUUCUUCCAUCAAAACCAAAUUUACGAAGUUUUACUGUACCUGUUGCUCCACCAAUUAUUCCACCACCAAUUACGAAUAAACAACAACAAGCUACUAGUAUGCCAACAACAUCUCAAUGUAAAUUUAUUAUUCAGGAUAAAUCUCCAUUUCGUAGUCCAAAUCGGCCAUUAUUAAACAACUAUACAAAAGAAAUGAAAUCAAUAGAUACUGAUGAAAUCGAUAAAAAUCCUGCUGAUGUACUUGAAGAUGUUCGCAAUCAAUUAGGCAAUUUAAUGAAAAAAGAUUUUCAAUGUUAG